AUGAGUAACCACAGUUAUCUCCCCGUCUCUGCCUCAGCGCUCUUCUCGUGGCCUCCUCGUCGCGCCACUGAACCUGGACCUCCAAAGCAGUCCAAGACCGAUGAGGUCGUCACUAUCUUUCUCGUAUGCGGUAUCGUUGUGCUUUUUCUCACUCCGACUAUUUGGUAUCUGGUUGGAAGGAUUCUAACCGCCCGUAAGGAGCGGAAGAAGGCUGGUGACCUUGAGCAGGGCGCUCAUUAG